AUGCAGAUCGUCAUUGUGAUGAUUCUCCUGUUUGUGGGUAGCACAGACGGGAAGUCCGACUUCGAGGCUCUCUUGGAGUUCAAGAACGGGAUCAAGGAAGGUCCUCCGGGGCGCCUCGUCAGCUCUUGGAACACCGAGAGUCUGCCGGAAUCUGGGGGUUGCCCUUCCAGCUGGUACGGGAUCCAGUGCUCAGGUGGCCGCAUUAUCUCUAUCACUCUGAGCGGUAUGAAUCUGGUAGGGGAAGUCAACCUGUCUGCUCUGACUGGAAUGGAGAUGCUCGUCAAUCUCUCUCUCUCUCAUAAUCAUCUGUCGGGAAUCCUCCUCCCGGAAGCGGGAUCCUUCAAGUCUCUCGAGUUUCUGGAUCUCUCUGACAACUCAUUCGUGGGUGGGAUUCCGGCGGCGCUGACCGAAAUCGAGAGCUUAGUCUACCUCAACUUGUCGUUAAACAACUUCAGCGGGAGGCUGCCCGCCGGUUUCAGAAACCUUUGGAAGCUUGCUUACUUAGACUUGCGGUCGAAUGGUAUCUCCGGCGACGUGGAAAGAUCCCUUCUUGAGCUGCAGGUCUCAGUCCGGGUAGACUUCAGCCGUAACGCAUUCACCGGGUCGCUCAGAUCAGUCCCAGAGAAUUCCUCCCUUCUGGGUUCAAUCCAGUAUCUGAACAUCAGCCACAAUAAGCUCUCGGGAGAGCUGUUCCCCGAUGUCAUGCCUCUGUUCGACAGCUUGGAGGUGUUCGAUGCCAGCCACAACCAGCUCGAAGGCCAGGUCCCUGCCUUCAACUUCAUCGUCUCUCUUCGUGUUCUACGGCUGCGGAAUAAUCGCUUCUCUGGGUCCUUGCCGGAAACCUUUCUGGAGGAAAGCUCAAUGACCCUGGGUGAUCUUGAUCUCAGCAACAACCAGCUCGAAGGUAAUGAAUUUUUCUUUUCUUUUUUUUCUUUGUUUUCUCUGAUGGGAGCAAAGAGAAUAUAAUUCCCAUCUCUAUCUUAAUUUUCUUAUGGUUUUCUUCACGCAAAUCAUACUGUUGCAAGAUCUACCUUUGACCCCGGAGAUAUUUUGGUCAUGAACUUAGUCAUUCAUAUUUUGAUAGAUAAUGAUAUUUUGAUAGAUAAUGAUAGAAACUACAUCCUCUUUUGGUACAGGACCUGUCAAGAGCAUUACAUCCGGAACUCUGAUAAGUCUCAAUCUUUCCUUUAAUAAGUUGUCGGGCUCCUUGCCUCUGAGAGUUGGGAGCUGCGCAUCCAUUGAUCUGAGCAGCAACAUGCUCUCUGGGAACCUAUCCAGAGUAAGGGACUGGGGAAACUAUGUGGAAGCCAUCGAUCUGAGUUCAAACUCGUUGGAAGGCAUGCUGCCCAACGAGACUUCUCUCUUUCUGAGGUUGGCCUCCUUCAAGGUCUCGAAUAACUCGUUGCACGGGGAGCUACCCUUCGUGUUGGGGACGUACCCUGAGUUGCAGGCCAUCGAUUUUAGCCUCAACAAGCUGUAUGGGUCUCUCCCGUCGAGUCUUUUCACUUCUUUGCGGUUAUCGGAGGUGAAGCUUUCUGGGAACAGCUUCACUGGUUCAGUCCCGCUACCGAGCUCUCAAGUGGGGGCUCCCAUGGCGGCGAGUGCUCCUUCUGCAUAUGCUGUCCAAAAUUAUAGCUUGACGCAUCUAGAUCUCUCAGACAAUUCUCUCAGUGGCUCCUUGCCUGCGGUAAUCGGUGCUCUGAAGGGUCUGAAAUUGCUGAAUGUCAGUAGAAACAACUUCUCGGGGAUAAUCCCGCCGACAAUCAGCAACCUCCACAGCUUGCAAUCUCUGGAUCUCUCCGGCAACAAUCUGGUAGGCGGCAUUCCCAGUGGUAUCUCUGAAGAGCUUGUGGCAUUCAAUGUUUCAUACAACAAUCUUUCCGGCAUUGUUCCCCACAAUCUGCUGCGAUUUCCUAAUUCCUCAUUUCAUCCGGGAAAUCCUCUCUUGAUCCUUCCGCGUGACUUUUCAUUGAAUGGGCCCAAUCUGGGUGAUGAGAGGAGGCGUGAGCAUCAUCAUAUGAAGCCCUUGAUCAGGAACAUGAUGAUCGUGGGCUUCGUCGGCGCCAUCUUUGUGAUGAUACUCUUGUCAUUGCUGAUCUAUUAUAGGACUUCUCUGGUCAGAGAAAGGGGAAAAAAUGCUGAUCAGAGCAAGUUCCCUGGCAACAAAUCUCUUGUAACCCAAGGAGGUGCAGACCCUCCACCUUCGGGCUUGCCAGCUGACCAUGGUGUCAUUUUGUCAACGGAUAAGCCCUCUGUGAACAACGGUAAGCUAGAGUCAACUAUGGACUUUCCCCAACCUGAUCAGAUCAAAAGUGGGCAGCAGUCUCCUUUGUCCCUCUUUGCGUCCUCGCCUUAUUCAAGAGAUGAGAAUUCAUCAGAGCAGCCCUCUAUUUUCAAGGUGCGUUCACCGGAUAAGCUCGCGGGUGAUCUCCAUCUACUGGACAGUUCAUUCGUAUUCACUGCAGAGGAGCUUUCUCGGGCUCCUGCGGAAAUUAUUGGCAGGAGCUGCCACGGGACAACUUACAGAGCUACUCUUGAUGGGGGGCAUGUGUUGGCUGUGAAGUGGCUCAGAGAAGGCAUCACAAAAGGCAGGAAGGAAUUCUCCAGGGAGGUCAAGAAGCUCGGGAAUAUUAGGCAUCCCAACAUCAUCUCCUUGCGAGGUUACUAUUGGGGUCCUAAAGACCACGAGAAGCUGAUCAUUUCAGAUUAUUUCAACGCAGAAUGCUUGACUCUUCAUCUCUGCGGUACGGCUUUUCCCUUUCCACUAUUUAUUAGAUAUUAAUCCGCUAAUGCUGUAUAUAAAUGCUGUUUUGUCUUGAAUCACUUUUGUCAUGAUCCAGGAACCUUUGUCUGGUUAGGCAUUGUGUUUCAUAGACUUGGAUCUCUGUGAAACACAACACCAGUUUAUCUACACCCAUAUGCAGAUGGCAUGAUAAAAACGAAUUUUGUUCCUAUAAAUUGUUUGAGAAACGACUGAUUGUGGAGAGCAUUUAUCAGGAACAGUUUCCCUAAAAAUAUGAGUCAUAAUCAUCAUCGGUCUUGCCAGAUCUCUGAUUCAUUAUUUGAUCCGUUUUCUUUGGAAGUGUUCUCCGUGAUGGGUAAGCAUUUGUCUUAGUCAAUCCUUCCUGUAUCAGUAAUAUUUGGAGAUUCAAUCUUGGGUGAAAGAUGUGAGAUAUGUAUAUUACUAGCCUCUGAACUAGUUAGGAUUUGGCAGCUGAUUGGGUCUAGUACUGAUGAAGUUUUCCAAUUGGCAGUAAGGUUUGCAGUAAUGGUGUUGAGGAUCAUUCCUGGGCUGGGACAGAGUAACCCAGCUUCGGGCUUCUUCUCAGAAAUUUAAUCGUUCUCCUCUUAACAAUGAUCACCAGGUUGACCUGAUCAAAUUGCUAAAUUGGUAUGGAAUCAUCUCUGACUGGUAGAUUAGAUUUCCCAUCUUGCAUGUGUUGACUUGCAGAUGCUAGAACUCCAUUAUUAUGGAGUUGUGUAAGUGGGAUAAAAGAGGUGUGGUGUCUCAUCAAAGCAUUCAUUCGAAGCAUUUUCUGCCAAUUGGCACCACCCACCACCUUUUUGCGCCACCAUACUCACGGCAGGUCACAGCGGGCUCACCUCCUGCUGUCGUAUUAAUAGAGCUGAGAAGUCUCAGGCUCCAUCCAGCUUCGAUUAGCAGAGUUUAAAACGGUUUCAAGCUCCAUUUCGUUGACUUCUUCAGCUCUGUUACUCUUAUCCUCGUUUCCAAUCGCUCUUCAAGUACUCAUAUCUGAAAAGAGAAAAAGAAAAAACACUUUUUUUGGCCUAAAAGCAAGAAUCAUGAACUGGGUCGCCGGUUCCUGAUGAGACAUGGAACGGUUGGAUUUGAAUGGAGGAGACAUGGACGUUGUGCAGGGCACUCUUAUGUUUCUCUCCCUUUAAAAGAAGCGAUUUUUAACGCCUGACAUUUGUGCUGUUGCUUGCCUCUGUGCAGAGUUCGAACCCAGAAAGCUCGAGCCCCUGUCUCCGACCCAGCGGCUCGGCAUCGCCAUCGACGUCGCGCGCGGCCUGAAUUAUCUCCACAACCAGAGGGCCAUUCCUCAUGGCAACCUCAAAUCCACGAACAUCAUCAUCAUCACCCAGCAGGCCCCCGCUCUGAACGCCCUGCUCUCGGACUACAGCCUCCACCGGAUAAUGAACCCCGCAGGCAUGGCGGAGCAGGUCCUCAACGCUGGGGCGCUCGGGUACAGGCCGCCGGAGUUCGCCUGCACCAGCAAGCCCUGCCCUUCUCUCAAGAGCGACGUCUAUGCCUUCGGAGUGAUCUUGCUGGAGCUUCUUACCGGGAAGAACGCCGGCGAGAUCGUCUCCGGCAACCCGAGCCUCGUGGACCUCACCGACUGGGUGAAGCUGCUGGCGAGCGAGCACCGCUCGGCGGAGUGCUUCGACAAGGUGAUCCUCGAGGCCGGGGGCGACGCCGCCGCCGAGGGCACGGCGGCGGCGAUGGAGGGGAUGCUGCAGGUGGCCCUCCGCUGCAUCCGACCUGCCUCGGAGAGGCCCGAGAUGGGGACUGUUUUCGAGGAUCUUCGCGCUCUGGCGGCGGCUCCGCCUGCUCCCACCCUGUACAUGACGCCGCCGCCGAGCUGA